CCGGCCCAGUCUCUGCGAAGCGGCGCCAGCCUCCCCGGGGAGCGGCCAGGGGAGGCGCCGGGUUCAUGUUCCGGGUCGCUGAACCUGCCUCGACCCGAGCUCAGGCGGCGAGAAAGAGCUGGCAUUUCAGUAGGACUAUGGAGGAGCUGGUUCACGAUCUAGUCUCAGCACUGGAAGAAAGUUCAGAGCAAGCACGAGGAGGUUUUGCUGAUACUGGAGAUCAUUCUCGAAGUGUGUCUUGUCUUCUGAAGCGUCAGGCAAGGAAAAGGAGGGGACGCAAAAGGCGUUCAUUUACCACCCAUCAUCCCUGGGAGACUGGCCACUGCUUAAGUGAAGGUUCUGAUUCCAGUUUAGAAGAAUCAAACAAAGACUACAGGGAGAAUCAUGCUAAUAAGAAAGACCACAGUGACUCUGAUGACCAGUUGUUGGUUGCUAAGCGCAGGCCUUCCUCAAACUUAAAUAACAUUAGGGGCAAAAGGCCUCUGUGGCACGAACCAGAUUUAGCUGUCGACAGUUUAGGAAACAGAAUUUUGCGCAGGAGAAGAAAAGUAAAACGGAUGGCAAUAGAUCUGCCAUCAGAAGUCUCUAAUGCACUGACAGUAACUCAACAGCAGGAUAACAGCAGAGAUCAAGAAAUGGACAAUAACAAUAAAUCAUACCAACACCAAGAGUUCUCCAAGAGCAAAGUGAAAAAAAGAAAAGUAGCAGCAGCUCGGCAAGGCCCGGAAGUCUUGGAUGAAGGAGUAGUUAUAGAAAGUGAAGAAGUGACCCAAGCAAAUAAGGACAAAAUGGAGUAUGAGGAGCAAAAAGGCUCAGAUGAGAACAUGAGUGACAGUGAAUCCAGCAGUCUGAGCAGCAGUGAUGCUGGUUUGUUUACCAAUGAUGAGGGAAGACAAGGUGACGAUGAGCAGAGUGAUUGGUUUCAUGAAAAUGAAUCUGGUGGAGCAUGUGGAAUUACUGGAGUCAUUCCAUGGUGGGAACAAGAAGACGCUACAGAACUUGAAAGAGAAUUGCCUGAUCCCGUCUUCGAAAGUAUCUUAACUGGGACUUUUCCUCUCAUGUCCCAUUCAGGGAGAAGAGGUUUCCAAAGUAGAUUUAGUCAUCUUCAUGGAAUGCCAGCAAGAAACAUAAAAAAGGCUUCAGGAAACCAGAAUGCAUUGAUAACUCCAGGACCAGGUGGUAGCAGGAAAACAGUUCACAUGUCCCAGGAUUGUCUUCACCAUGACCACUGGUUUAGCCCUGGGGCUAGGAAGGAACAUAGCCAGCUUCAGCUCCUGCGAGACAACCGCUCAGAGAGAGGACACAAGAAAAACAGCUCUGUAAAAACAGCAAGCAGGCAAACCAGUGUACAUUUAGGAUCAUUGUGCAUGGGAGACAUCAAACGGAGAAGGAAAGCUGCUCCCCUGCCAGGACCUACAGGUUGCUCUGGCUGUCUUGAGAAUUCAAAUCCAUAUAGAAAGGUACAUCUGUUACAGGAAAAGGGUUUGUAGGUGAAAACACCCAACCAAUCCCAGAAAACAACAUUGGGAACAGAAUGCUUCAGAGCAUGGGCUGGACCCCUGGUACGGGCCUUGGACCAGACGGCAAAGGGAUCGCAGAACCAAUACGAGCUAUCCAAAGACCAAAAGGACUCGGACUUGGAUUUAGCUGACAGAAAUGUACUCUGGCUGCCUGAUAAAAAUAAGGCUAAACAUUAAUUUUAAAAGACA